AGCUUCCCGCGGAGGCCCUCUCCUUCUCACUUCCCCCCCGGGCUCGCCGCCGAUCCCGAGCGUCAGCGCCCCGAGCUGCUCCCAGCCCUCGGCCCCGCGGAGCGCAGCGGCACGCCAGCCGCCUGCGGUGCACAGCGCGUCGCCGGGGCCGCCGCCGCGACGCGCUGAGCUAACGGUCCCCGCCGUGGGCACCUCCACCCGGUCGCGCGCCGUCGAGCAGGCCCUGGUGGCCGCCGCCGUCGUCAGGGCCGCCCUGUCGCUCGGCGUGAGGCACGCGGCGCGCGGCGGCGCCGGGCCCUGGCAGCUCGAGAGGCCGGGCCCGCCUCUGGCGCGGGGCUCCCUGCUGCAGGCAGAGGACAGCGACCUCACGACGCCUCAGGGCAAGGCUGGCAAGGGCGUCCACGAGCUGGGGCACACGCGCAAACACAGGAGCACGUACAAGACGGUGAAGCCGCUGAUUCGGAUCCCGGGCAACGUCUCCAGGUGGCAGCACCCGCUGAACCUGGUUGACGAGCUCGGCUUCCACAAGCAGCUUGGGGGGUCGUUCUCGUUCAUGUGCACCCUGCAGAUGGAUCAGAUCGCCCCCUGGCAGAGAGUCUUUGACUUCUCCUUCAAGGCCGAGGAGAGGGCCGCGGGCUCAAGCCCGCGCAGCGUCGCGGCUACCGCUCGCAACACUCGGCACGCGCGCGUGAGGCCCACCGAGAGCCUCUGCGGGCGCACGGCGUGGGUCGACCGUGGCGAAGUCCCGCUCCGCACCAGCACCCGUCUGGCCCUGCUCCCAGAUGUCCUUCCUGACCUGCAGCACAUCAUCGGGGUACGGGCACUGCUCCUCCCCCUCCUGCGCCUCGUGCACGGAGCAGUAGAACAUCUCAUGCUCGAGGUCAGCAGGCGCGUGACCGCAGAAUUCACAAACUGCAUUAUCCGUGUAACCUGCCUCGUGCCGACGGGCAGGACCGUGGCACUGGCCAUGUCCCACCCGACCCUGCGCAGAGUGAGCCAGAGCGCAGAGAUAGGACCACGAGCACUGGCCCAAGUGACUGCACCGCGAGCAGCCUCGAACUGGUCCCUCAGCGCCAUCCAGGCCCUCUGCAGCUUGGCGAGAGAGCCGCGCGCGGCCCACACCCACGCCGUGUACUGCUGCAACAGGCUGCAGGUGGUCGCUGGGCAACUCGAUCACCCCGUCCUCAUGCCUCUGCCAGUACUGGUACCAGUGCUGCACCUUACGAUCGGCCAGCUGGUACGCGUGUUGGACCCCUGCGCCGUAGUCGAUCACCUCCUGGAGCGCCAGCGGCUUGGAGAACUUGUGAGCACGGCUGGCGCCACCCUCGAACGACGCCUCGGGCCACGCAUGCCAACUGGCGGCUACCUUCUUCUCGUGCGCCCGCUGCUUACCCUCUGCCUUGACAAUGAUGCGCUCGACCUGCUGGUCGAAGACGCCGCCGCCGACGAAGCAACCGUAGCCGAUGAUGCCGAUGGCGCCUUCCGCUUCCAAGACUGCCUCUCGUCGGGGUCGAACCUGGCCCACUCGAACGUAGGCGACGCCGGUUUGGACGUGAACUUCGAAGCCUGCGGUCCGACAACAUCGUACCGCCCCUGCAGCUCGAACUCGAUGCCCAGCAGCAGCUGGUCCCACACGUCAGCCAGCUGCUCCGAGGAGGUCGCCUGCCUAGUCUGGUCUAGCAGCGGGUCCCAGUCUGGCGGCGGCCUGGCGCAGCCGAUCUUCGGCGCCUUGGUGAAGCCCUUGGCCUGCACCAGCUGCCGAAUUCACAUCGCCUGCGGCUGGGCAGACAACCUGACCGUGACAGGCAAGUGCGGCCACGUGUCUGCCUCACCGACUGCUGCAUGGCCUAUCCUCGGCACGACCUGGCAAGCCACGAAGAAGAAGUCGAUCGUGCGCCCAGGGAGGGCCUGCAAGCAAGUCGGCACCGACGGCACCACCGCCACGCCAUUGACGGAGUGCAGCCACGACAGCGAGCCCAACUGCUUGAGCUCCAUAUUGAAGUCUCCGCCCACGAUCCACGGCAUCUGCAUAGUGUCGAGCACCUUUAGAUACCGAUACAACUUGAACAAGAUAGCCAGGUUCUCUGGCGACAACUGCUCGUCAACCCGCAUGUACAGAGAGACCAUGACGAAGCCUCUCUUGCCGCCGCAGUUGACGUGCGCCGCCACCAUGCGCCCUGGCUCCAACGUCGGCCCCUCCAGCGCAGGGGGCGCUGUGAUGAGCACACGCUUGGGCACCAAGACCGCCACGCCGCCCUGA